AGCGAAUCAGUCAGUGUCUUGAUUCAAACGGCAGCACCACACACACAGUGUAGGCAAGGCAUGUAGGUCUUCGCAUCACCCAUCGUCACCAUCACCAUCAUGACAACAGACAGGAACCACAGCUAGGUGAGUCAUGGCUGAUGGAUGGAUGGCUGGACACCGCACGCACUCACGCACCCACGCACUGAAUUGAGCGAAGACAGCCACCGGAAAGCCAGACAAACACACCCACAGCCAGGGACCCUCACCUAUCCUCACCCACCCGAAAAGAACACAAUGAAGCACAACACGCACACAUGAAGACGACAUGGCAUGGCAUGUAGUGUGAAGUGUGCGAGAUCCAUAUGUUUGUAUGAGUGAGUAGAGUGUAUGUACGAGCCACUGGGUGAGUGAAUUGCCUGCCAUUGAGGGUGGGGCCGAGCCAACAUGACAUGACAAAACUGUCCGUCGUCGAAUUAGUCGCCCCCGCACCAGUUAGGCGAGCGGGGAUGGAUGAAUGGAUGGAUGCAUCGAUGAAGCCACGCACCGAUCAACCCCACACGCUCGCUCGACCACUCACUCACGCGGCCACUUGUCUGUCUUGAGAAACAUCAUUCAAGUGCGGCGACACGCAUCGCAUCGCGUGUCCCUGCAGGUCCGCAGGGACACACGCACACGUUUCCAACCGGCAGGUCGAUGGACAUGUAGAUAGACAACCAGAGAGGCGGGCCGCUCCGCUCUCUCCCCUCUCCCACCCCAGAAAUCACUGACUGACUGAUGUUGAUGGGUGGAUGACUGAGACACAUGCCAUCCACGGGCUCGCCUCACUCGCCCGCUCGCUCACUGAGUGCGAUGGAUGAAUUACUCUUGGCUGGCUCUAAAACACGCACCAAUCCCACCCCACCCCUCCCCUCCCCUCCCACCCCGGCCCGGCCCGUCCCUCCUCAGUGUGGGCGAGGCGAAGAGCACUCAGAAUGGACGUCCGCCAGGCAUCGUCUGGAACUGAUCGAUCAUAUAGAUUAGAGACAGACAGACACAGAGAAGAGACACCAGUUUCCGUCGGAAAGGCAGGCCGGCCUCUCGUGUGCAGUGCAGUGCAGUGCAAUGCGUGUGUACCUGUGGCUGCAUGCCCAUUCCUCCCGUGGUGCCCAUGGCCAUGCCGGGGUUGGCUGCGGCCGCCGGCAUGUUGGGCAUACUCGGAGGCAUCCCCGGCUGCAUCGUGCCAAACCCACCAGGAUUCGUCAUGCCACCACCUGACACACAAACGGAGGGAAAGAGGGAGGGACGCGAACACACACACGUCUGAUGCAUUGCCGUGGCCGUCUGCGUGUGUGUGUGUGUGUGUGUGGUAGCUGACUGAGUGGGUUUGGGUUAGACAUCAUUCCUGGUGGCGCCAUGAGGGCAAGCUGACCCAUCCCCUGCAGCAUCGGAUUCACUGACAAACACCACAAACGAACACACAAUCACACACACACGCACAGAGGACACACUCGGAUGGUCCAUUCUUGUUGCUGUGGCCUGUGGUGUGUUGUGUGUGUGUGCGGCUGACUGACUUGGCAUGAAGUCCGGGACGUAGUCGUUAGGUGCGGAUUUCUCCUUCUGUUCCUCCUCCUCCUUGUGCUCGAUCUUCUUGUCCAGCGCAUCCACCCUGUAUGUGUAUUCACGCACAAUCUGACACACACACACAGACACACACGCGGGAACAAAUCAAUCAGAGCACACAACAUACAUAAUAAGCUGGUUUUCCUCCCCAUCUCGUCUGGUCUGUCUGCUCUGCAGCAAGGUAAGCAGGCACCUGGAUCAUGUAAGGCAUGACUUGGUCCAUGAACCUGUUCCGCCACGCCAGCUCGAGAGCAAUGUCCGGGCGGAUGAGGUCAUAGCACACGUACAGACAAGACGCGAAGCAAUCUCGGUCCUGGAUCUCCACAAAAUACCUAGUGAUUGAUUAUAGAUAGGAGGGCAGGCAGCACAGCAACCACCACACACAUACACACACAGUGCAGUGCACUGCACUGCACGCCCUCCUCUGCCCGCCCAGCUGCCUCACUUGAGCAGUGAUUCCGCGAGCUCCUGGUUGCCGCUGUCGCGUGCUGUCUCCAUGGCAUCCUGCAACGACAUGGAUGGAUGGAUGGGCAGCAGUGGGUGGGUGUGUGGGCUGCUGUGCUGUGGGUGGCGUGAGGCACCCACCUGGUAUAGCCUGUCGAUCUUGGAGAGCUCAAUGGACUGCUUGAACCGCUUGUUCUUGCGGUAGAGGAGACACGCUAUCCGCCGCAUCUCCAGGAGGUCGUGCUUCUCCACCCGCUGGGCCAGCGCCAGCUGGUCGAAGUUGUCGUACUCCUCAAUAGACUGCCUGCUCAACAAGUCACAUGACACACACACACACACACACAUGGGAAUGCGUGGCUGGCUCGUCCAUCCAUCCAUCCAUUCAUCCAUCCGUUGAUUGUGUGCAUGGCGUUGUGUCACUCAGGUACCUGAGCGACUCGUGGUCCUCUCCGUCGACGUAGAGGUCGUUGAGGGCGUCGUUGACCUCCUUGAUGUUGUGCUGCUGCACCUGCUUCAUGUACGGGAUGAUCAGCGGCAGGUGACCCAACUUGCGAAUCUGCAUCAAUCACAGUGAGUCCAACAAACAUGACGCAACACAGACACGGCCGUGGUCACCCUGCUGCUAUAUGUGUGAUGUGUGCGCACCUGCUGUACGACCCUUGCGUGGUCGACUUUGUUGGCCACUGCGGUGAGGAGGCCAUUCAGCAGCAGCGGAUACAUCUCCAGGUAAAACGAUAUCGCCCUGUAUGUCACACACACAUUCAGAUGGAUGUCCUGAUCCUCCUCCCUCCCUCCCUCCCUCCCUCCUUAUGCUAUGCGGCCGUUGUGUUCUGUUGUGCUGAAAAGACAGACCUGUAGAAGAGUUCCGAGUUGGAGACCUUCUGCAUGACCGACACGAACUGGUCGUGUGUCCAUGCCGACGGCGAGUGCAGAAUCAUCGUGUUGGCCGCCGCGUCGUACUCGUCAUACGCAGUGUACAGAAACACCGCCUCAGGCCUAAAUGUGUGGUGGUCAACACGUGUGUGUGUGUGUAGUGUAAGUGGUGUGGUGUGUGUGCCUACCCUACCACAGGCAGUGUCGUUCGCAUCCCCUGAUGAUCUUCGGUAUGUUCAUGCGGCUGGCGUUGAGUUUGCAGAAGUCCAUCAGCUUCUCGGGCUUGUACUUGGCGUAGAGGAUGCCCAACUCGGUGUACAGCCCCACGUGCGCACGCUCGCCACCGAUGCCAGAAUCCUGCACAUCAUCACACAACACGACACGCAAGCAACACAGCCAAUAAGGCAAGGCCAGAGCGAUAUAUGCCAUGUGUGUGUGUUGGGCAGCUCACGAGAAGUUGAAUGAGUUCUUCAAAGUAUCCGCCCUUCUCGUAGUGUAGGAUGAGCUCCUCGAGGUGGUCUGGGUGGACGAUGAUGUUCAUGCCGGCGAUCUGUGCGCACCUGAACUCCUUGGCCGCCACGCAGGCAAAGUUGACCUCCUUCCACGUCUUGGGGUUGUUGGCCUUGCGCGCCGCCUCCACCGCCUGGCUGAACUCACCCAAAUGCACGUGACACGACGCUAGCUUGGCGUUGUUAGGAAUCGACUGGAACAAGAUCUUCGCAGCCUGAUGGGAUGCAUCGGAUAUAUCGACACACAAACAGAGCGGAUGUGUGUGAUUGGUCGUGUGUGUGUGUGUGUUUGUGUGCGGCUGCUCUGCGUGCCUUGAAGUGUCCCUCAUCGAAGAGCCUGUCGCCGACUGCCUGGACGUUGGCGGUGUUUGUGCCCGAGAUGAACUCCUCCAUCUCUCCGAGGUUGUCGCACUUGGCGAAGGCGUACACGAGCUCGCUGUCGAUGAUUUGGUCCUUGGUCUUCUGCCGCGCCAUCUGCAGAUACUUGACCAGGUCUUCAUACGUCUCCUCGCGCUCAGCCGCCUACACACACACAAAGCCAAUGCGUGGGUGCAGGGUGGGGUCGCUCUUCGUGUGUGUGUCCACGUCUGUCAUGUCUGUCACCUGGAUGACGUCUUUGUAGUCGCCCGCCUCCUGUGCCUUGAGGUAUGAGUCGAUGGCCUGAGAGACCAGGUUCUGCACCAGCUGGGCCUUGCCUAGCUUGCUCCACACCUCAGGCUCGUUCGCCCUGUGGGUGCACAAUACACGCACACACAAGGCGAUGCGAUCGUACAGGUGACCUGUCUUGUCUUGUCUGUCUAGUGCGUGUCACUGACUGACAGACAGACCGACCUGGCAGCGAACUCGCCCGCCCUGUCGAGGCUCUCCAGGUUCAUCAGCAGCGUGUCCACCGCAUCGCUGUUGAGGUUGAACUGAACCACACAAUGGACACACACACACACACACACACACACGAAUGCAGCCAAGACAGGGAAGCGCAUGUGUGUGUGUGUGUGUGUCGUCCGCAGCACAGACAGCACCUUCUUGUAGAUGGUGAAGGCCUCCUCGUAGAGCUGGUACUGCUCGCCGAGGGCGAUCUUGGCAAUCUCCGGCCCGUCGUAGUUGUUGAGGCGGUUGAUGUAGUCCAUCACGCGCUUCUUGUCGGCCUUGAUGGCCGUCAGAAUCAACAAAUUCUGCAAGUUGCGGUUGCCCGAGAAAUCUAUGUACAUCAACCAACCACGCAAGCAGACACACACACACAUGGGCAGGGCAGGAUGCCCUUCCUUUGUGUGUGGUCCCCUCCCUUCGCUCGUCACCGGAGUUGUGCAGGACGAUUUUCUCGAGCAGCUCGAUCAGCUCCUGCGGCAGGUCGGCGCUGAUGAACGCCUUGACGGUGGCAGAGACCUCGUCAGGGUUGCUGCUCUCGGGCAGGGCCGUCGCCACCACCUGGUCGAUGACGUUGCGUCGGAACUCGUUGUCCACCUUAAGCACGUAGCCCCAGAGGUCCUGGCUCUGACGCUCCACCAGGUACCUCGCCUGCAGCCUGAAGAGGCCGUUCUUGUUGGUCACCUCCACGAGCUCCUCGUCGCAAGACCCCCAGGCCCGCUUGUAGGCCGUGUAGGCCAGAUGGGGAUCGCGGUCCUCGCAGUACUUGCCGACCACCUUGGAGUCGUAAAACGCGUUCGUCUUCAGGAACGUCUCGGGCUCCCUGCAGACACACCGACAAAGGGGUUGAUGCAUUCAUUCCUUGUGUGUGUGUCUGUGUGUGUGUCUGUGUGUGUGUCUCCUCUGUGAUGGUCCCUGACUUGUUGGUGUCGAUGUAGAUCUUGGCGAGGGCGUUGUGUAGGUCUGGUUCCUGGUUGCCCUCGGCCAUGCGAGCCUCGAGCCACGGCAGCAGCAGCCUCAGUCGGUUGCGCUUCUCGACCUCCUCCACCAGGGGGCUGACGGGGCACGCCCCUCGGACGUUCUGCAGCAGGCCCUUGAUGAAGUCCUCGCUGCAGUCCAAAUCGAUCAACGUCCCGAUCACAGUGGGCGCCUGCCACACACACACCACACACACAGCGUGAGAAGAGCUAGUGGGGGGGAGGCGUGUGUGUGUGUGUGUGAGUGUGUUGUGUGCUGGCUGACCGACCUGUUGUGGGUUGACUUUGACGACGUAGACCUCGAUGUACUUCAUGAGGGAGUUCUUGUAGAGGUACUCCGCCAGCUCGCCCACAAAGUUGUGCAGGUCGCACACGUAGAUCAAAGGGCGGGGGUCAGGCAGCUUCGCUUGCUGCACCACCAAACAACACAACACACACAUCCAAAGACCGUCACGCACACCCACACCCACACCGAGCCCAGCCCACCUUGAGGAACUCCUUGACCCUGACAGGGUCGUAUGCGUUGGAUUCCCGACAGACCCUCUCGACCUCCUGCAUGUGGUUGAGUUUGGCGCACGCCUCGAUGUACUUGAAGUGCACGUCAGCGUCGUUGUUGAAGGCCAGGAUGGCCCCCAGGAAGUAGAAGAUGCCCUCCCAGCUGCCGAAGCUCUCGAAGAGCUCCACCAGCUUCAAAGCGCCGAUCUGCUCCUGGUACUUGAUCGCACACUGCCACACAGACAGACGGGCACAGAUACAGACACAGGUGGGUGCAUUGAUUGCGUUGAGAGUUCUGUGUGCCAGGCCUGCCCUAGUGUGUGUGUGCAAGGGGAUUGACUGUACUGACCUGCACGACGACUUGCAGGUUUUGUCUGUUGUGCCUGAGCAGCUCGUAGAGUGACUCCAGACACACCUCAGGUGGCAUGCGGCCGAAGAACGUCGUCAGCCACUCGGGAUUCAGGCCGUGGGUGUUCAACAUCACCUGACGCACACAGAUAAGUGGGUGCCACCGGUGGGUGUGGAGGUGCCCCCUGUGAGUGUGUGGAGUGGAGACAGGGCAGACCCACCCUCUUGAUGUCCUGCACGUCGGUGUAGUGCUCCAGUGCCCGCUGGUACAGGCCGGCCUUCUCACACAGCUGGGCGAUCGUCUGCCUGUCGUAGUGGGUGAACAGGUCCAUCUGGAAUAUGGUCUCAGCCACCUGGGGCGCCUGCACCAACGACACACACACCACACACACCCACAGCCAUUCAUUGCCCACUGUCUCUGUGUGUGUUGAUGUGUGGUGUGUGUCUCUUGCGUGAGUACGUGCAGGAGAUUCAUCUCGAGCAGUUUGGUCUGGAGGUACCCCUCCUCGGGCUUGUUGUUCUUGAGGUGGUCGAGGAGGAUUGAGGUGAACUCCUGCAGCCUGUUCUGGCUCAGCAUCACCUCCACCACACUGUUGAUGUCGAUCAGGGGCGGGUCGUUGUCCAGCAGCUGCUUGGCGAACGUCACGGCGCCCUCGGGAUUCACCAUCAGCAUGUUGCGCAGAAUGAACGAGUAGUCGGCCUGCACGCAUACACAGCGACGCAUGCCGUUGUGGCGUCUGUGUGCGUCUGUGUGUGUGUAUGUGUGUGUGUGUGUACCGACCUGGUAGUUGACCUUCUUGGCGUAAGCGACGAUCUGCUCGUAUUGCCCUUGCUCGGUGAAACACUUGAUGACCUUGGCAGACGCGUUCGCCCUGCACACACACACACACGUACGUCGGAUGCACCUGUAGCGUAGCGAGGAGCAGCGUGUGUGGAUCGUGUGGUCUGACCUGAGGUAGAUCGAGAGUGCGAGUUUGCCGUCGAGCGGAGCGACGAUGUCUCCGAGCUCUUCGGUGCACUCGAGCUUGUCUUCCCUCAACCAACGCUCGAUGAACUCGCGACGGUUCUGACCAUCCCGCCACACAGAGACGUCCACACGUCCACCUGAGCCUCCAUGUCCCUGUGCGCGUCUCCUCACUGACCUGCGCGACGACCGGUCUGACGAGCUCGAUCGACUCCAUGGCGUUCAGCUUGCCCAUCUAAUCGACCACACGAUGACAAUGACACGCAGUCACAUUAGCUAUCUAUGCAUCCCUUCACCCGCCCCACUGGUCAGCUCACCUCAAGCAGCGCUGAGAAGUACUGCAGGAUGGGCGACGACUGGCCAGGCGGCGCCUGGACGCUCUUGAACUGCUGGAUAAUCUGGGGGGUGCGAAGGGCGCCGGAUGCGCACUGGGCCGCCACCUUGGCCGCCUCCUUGUACUCGCCGCGGGCAAACGCCUGGUUGAACUGCUGCACGAACAACUCGUCGGCACCUGCAGGCACCAAAAGAACCAACAAGGGGGUUGAGGGAGAGGACACACACGCGGAGAAAUGAGAGACUGGUGCGUGCGCUGCGCUGGGCGUGGCGUCCGUGUGUGUUCAUGGCCGACCCGGGCCGACCCGACCUACCUGGUAUUUUGAAUUUCUUGGCGAGCCCGAAGGCGAUGUGUGUGGCGUUGGGCAGGUGCCUGAGGUUGGUCUGAAUGUAGUUGACCAGCGUGUCGGCGUUGACCGUAGCUGUCAACACCUGCAGGUCAGUUAUGCGCACAAACGAGAAGGGCCAACACGUCACGUGCAUCAGUCACAGCUGUGUGUGCCCUCUGGCGGUGGUGCGGUGUGUGCCGCUGCCUGCGUACGUCUCCUUUUCUGUUGACGACGAGCACGCCCCCAUUCGUGGCGUUGUAGGCGGAAAUGAAGAUCGUGUCAUUCGAGAUGCGGUUCCUGCAGCCCACACAAACACACACACAACACGUCAACACGACGCGCACUCAGCUAUGAGCAGGAUCAGUCAGCUGUCUGUCUGUCUGUCUGUCUCGCUGGGCUGACCUGAAGAGCAUGGCCCCCGAGUAGAUGUCGAACAUGAAGAUGUAGCCGGCCUUAGUGAUCAGGAACAACACACCGUACUUGUCGCUCAUCUGCACAAGUCACACCACAUCACACCAUGACGUCAGCUUCCCACCAUGCUCGGUGAGCGAGUCGAGUCUUACGUGCAUGGAAACGGCGAAGUCGUUUGGGGCCUCGGGGGGGUAGGUGACCUCCGACGUGACUUUGAAAGGCGCGGCGUGGCCGUCCAAUUUCUGCUUGUAGAUGUCCAUGAUGUGCAGCCUCGUCUGCGUCUGACCCUCCUUGCGCUCCACAAAGGCGAAUAGCUGACGGUCGGCCUGCCCAUCCUCCAACUGUGGGACAAACCAAUGAUCCACUCAUUCCACUCCUUCUUUCGCUUGUUCGCUCAUUUGCUUGCCUUCAUCAUAGCGAAGUUGCCGGCAUGUCCCUCGAGGACCUGCUGCUGCUUCUUCUCCACAGAAUACAGCACCAUGUGACCGUCGAUCGUCUUGCCCUGGUCCUGAACACACACACACACACACGGCAAUGCUGCUCACAUGCAGCUGGGGUGGGCUGGCUGGCUGCCUUGUGGUGCGCUCUGUCUGGAGCGAGGGAGGGAGGGAGUGACCUGAGUGGAGAUGCCCGUGAGCAGGCACCACUUCUGCUGUGAGUCGACGGCAUAGUUGAUGAUCUGCGUGUUGGACUCGGCCAGCUUGCCGCUACGAUCAAAGAUCUUCGCCGGCGUAGAGUUGGCUGCACACACACCACACCAUGGACACGCGCAAGUGAUAUGGAUUGCCUUGCCAUGGUCUGUCUGUCUGUGCCUGGCCUGUCUGUUAUGUGUGUGUCGGUUUGACCUUCAAGUGUCCAGUGGUAGAUGGAUUUGUCGGAUACGAGUGCGAGUGCCCUGUCGGUGAUCCACUUCCAGAAGACAAUGCUCUCGCCGAACUGGUGCACCCCCAGCUUCUCCUUGGUGUCCAGGUUGAACACCUGGAUGAAGUGACCCGCCUGGCCCUCAGUCUUACCUGCAUGAAACACACACACAUACACAGAUGGAGAGCCCGCAUGUGUCAGUGGACUGACUGUAUGCCAGCCAACCAACCUUUGAGUGCGAUGAUGUUGUCUUUGGGGUUCAUGAGUGAGGCCUCGGCCUUCAUGGGUUUGCGGUUGAUGGAGUUGUUGGCGUGCAUGUCGAUGACCGCCACUUGGCUGCUGCCGUCCUGCGCCUGGUCCUUGACACAGAUGAACCGGUCGCUCUCCAUCGUCAGCAAACCGAACCGAAACCCAUUCGGAUUCACACCCAUGUCCGCCAACUGACCAACACAAUACAACGCAACACAACACAAUCACACACAAACUUUACCUGUGUGUCGGGCGCCGCCUGGUUAAAUGUGUGUUUGUGUGGCGGUUACGUUCAUGACGGGCGUGAGUGUGACGGGCACCCCUGCCAUGGUGGAUCUGCACACACACACACACCGCGGCACACACAACACAGAUGCAGCAAAGCAACGAACGGCCUUGGCCAAAAGGGCAGCCGUCAGCGUCACUCGGUGCAGAUCACUCAAGCGAGUCGCGACUGAGCGCACCUGGCUGUGUCUGUUUUCCAAUGUGCCUGAUCUACCUCGGCUCUCGUGUGCUGCGCUCACCGGCACGUCAGGAAAACGCCCUGGUGGUCGCCUGUGUGGGAGAGUGUCUCCGCACAAGUUGUGCCUCACUCAAGGAGGCCGCUCAGAAUCCAGCUCGCAAUCGAACAAACCGAUGCUUGCACCAGGCCACGAUGCAGCACACAAGGGCUGAAGCGGUGCAAAGCCUGAUGUCAACUGCGAGCUCCAGCUGCAGAUCUGCCUCAAAGCUCGCAAUUUGAAACAAGGGCCCAGGCAGGAAGCGAGGCGGCUGUGGCAGCGAGAGGAUGAGCAGGCAAGCGACAGACUGCUGGGCUGUUCGUUUAUGGCAGAUCUUGCGAGUGGCACUGAUGAGCCUUCUGGGCGGGCACUUGUGGACGCCUGAUGCGUUGGCGAGGGCGACAGCGAGGACUACUGCUGCCUUCGUUAAUAAGCCUUUCUCACACCCUGGCUCUUCACGGCAGCCACCAAGAUGGAGAACACGGAGGAAGCUCAGUGGGCUGAGGCUGCAGCAGGAGGGCUGCGAUGCAGGUGUUGCUGCUCUGAGCCGGCGGAGGCUUCACGACAUGCGGCUGCUCGCAUCGCUGUCGACCUUAUGUGUUGGUUCGAGGGCCUUGGCUGAACCUGGUGGCGAUGGAUGGGAGGAGGUUGAGUCGUCGAGGACGCGCUUCAGGUUCCGCGUGCCGCCCGGCUUCAAACCAGCAUCAAAGCUGCUCAAGGUAGGGAGGGAGGGAAACGAAGGAAGGAGCAACCUUGGGCGGGCAU